UUUAUGAGCACCAAGAAAACAGUAAAAUGCGACCUUUCGGAUUUCGGCUGUUUGAUCCCAUAAAACAGCGAUUUCGGAGUUUCGGUCGUCUCAAGCGAGUAAACUGUUACUUCUUAAUUCUUAUAACUUUCUUCUUAAAAACACUCUCUCCUAAAGAGCCACUGCAACAACAGAAUCUGUAUCUUUUUUGCCCCUUCUCUUCUCCUCUCCUCUCCUUUGAAUUCGAAGAUUUUCCUCUUUUUGUCAAAAGAAGUUUCAACGAAAGUGUCCUGCAGCCAAGAGUUGCUCAAACACUAUUGGAAUAAUCAUAAAAAAAAUUCUCUUUAUAGCUUUUCUUUUAAGCCCUUAUUGAAGUUUAUAGCACGAGUGAGUCCAUCCAGUGUUGUUGUGUUGUGCUUUCUAAUCCUCACCACCAUCACCGCUCCAUGACGUUAAAAGAGAUCUUCUUUUCUCUUUAUUCCUAUCUUUGUCGACCAAUUCCAUCUUCCCACUGAAACAGUGACCCUUUCACAUUUUAAUACUAUUUAUUGCACAAUUACUACUUUCCUUUUUUUCAUUUUAACCCCAUCUUUCAAUUCCCCACCUUUUCAUGUUUUUUUUGGCAGAUUUCAUCACAAACAAGCUUUGCAGUGCCCAUCCAACUGCCUCAGUCUUCUUUCUCACGGUUCUCUUUUAUUCCUAAACCUGGCCCCUUAUUUAUUUACCCCCAAAACACACUUUCUUUGACACAAUAGAAAAACAAAAAAACCAUGGAACAGAGCAUCCAAUGCAAAUACACUGUUCACAACACAACAGUCACCAAAAAACUCUCUAAGCCUAAAAAACUCUCCGGUGCUGCUAUUCUCACAUGCCCCAAAGCGAUUCGCGUAUCCGUCACUGAUCCAGAUGCCACUGACUCCUCCAGCGAUGAAGAAAGAGACCACUUACCUCGCCGGAGAAUGAAGCGCUAUGUUCACCGGAUUGACAUCCAGUCCGCAGAAAAAACCGUUGCAACCACCGUCAGGAAGAGGCCCACCGGAGAAACCACUCUUUCCCGGCCGCCGGCCAAGGUCUCGGCGGCGGCGGCUAACAACGGCAGAAAGUUUCGCGGCGUGCGGCAGAGACCUUGGGGAAAAUGGGCGGCGGAGAUUCGAGAUCCGACGAAGCGCGUGCGGCUCUGGUUGGGUACCUACGACACUGCCGAGGAAGCAGCCAUGGUGUAUGACAAUGCCGCAAUUAAGCUUCGAGGUCCUGGUGCUCUAACAAACUUCGUUAUUCCGCCGGCGAUUGAGAAGCCGGUGGAAGCGGAAGUCCCCAACGGAAAACCAGAAAUGAACGUGGUUGUUGCGAAAUCGGAGGCGUCUGGCUCCGGCUACGAAUCCGGAGAAGAGUGUCUCAAUCUUUCUUCGCCUACUUCGGUUCUCCGAUUCACACGCGAGGAAACCAGCGAACCGCAGAAACCGGUUGAACCGGAAAAAGUGUUUGCUGAACCGGUGGGAGAAUGUCAAGAUGAGACGAGGUUGUUCGACGAGUUUUUCCGACAGGACAUGCCGGCGUGGGAUGAUGUUUUCAAUUUUCCAUCGACUCCGGAUUACUCGGUAAUGUUUGAAGAGCCUGCUUCGCACUUGUUUGAUGAAACGACACCGGUUUUUGUUAGUGAGGGUUUAAGCCAUCUCACAGAUUUUGAUUUUGGGAAAACCGACUCGCCAUCAACGUUGUGCCAAGUGGACGAUUACUUCCAUGACAUUUUGUUAGGUUCAGAUCCUCUCGUGGUGCUGUGAAAAUGAGUGAACGAGACAGAGACUCGUCAUCUCAAUUUCUCACAAUCCUUUCUCUCUAUUGCCGUCAUUGGCCUCUGCUAAUUUCUCGGCAGAUUUUUGUUCCCGUGGCAACUAAAUCUCACAAAAAAAUAAAAUAAAAAAAAAAGUUUAUAUUUUUAACUUUUGCUUUAAAUAUUAGUAUUUUUUCAGUAUAUUAUUUAUUUGUUUUAGAAAUUACGUUUAGUGAGGGGAGUGAAGUUUUGUUAGAUUUUAUUUAUAAUUCCUUUGCCUAAUAAUUAGGGGUUGUUGAGAAUGUAACAUAUUGUCCAAAUAUCAAUGCAAGUGUAUUAAGUUCU